UCAGGCAUCGCCAGUGCGUGCCCGGGCAAUUUUUUGAGCAGGCAUUAUUGCGGCUGCUUGCGGGUCCUUCCUCCUUUUCUACGUCCCUGAGCGAGGCCGACGUAAAGAUGAAUGACACAGUGACAGUCAGGACUCGCAAGUUCAUGACGAACCGGCUCCUUCAGAGGAAGCAAAUGGUCGUCGAUGUCCUGCAUCCCGGCAAGGCUACAGUCCCCAAGACUGAAAUCAGGGAGAAGCUCGCCAAGAUGUACAAGACCACUCCUGAUGUUGUGUUCGUCUUCGGCUUCAGGACUCAGUUUGGUGGCGGCAAGACAACAGGCUUUGCUAUGGUCUACGACUCCCUAGACUACGCGAAGAAGAAUGAGCCCAAACACAGACUGGCCAGGCACGGCCUCUAUGAGAAAAAGAAGACCUCCAGGAAACAGCGCAAGGAACGCAAGAACAGAAUGAAGAAAGUACGAGGCACCAAGAAGGCCAGUGUGGGUGCUGCUGGCAAGAAGAAGAAAUGAGGCGUCGUUGCGCAGGUAUAGAAGCAGCAUGGAGUGCCACUGUGUUGCACAUCCAAAGCUGAUAGACCUGAACUGUGCCAUGCAUGUCACACCCUAGUUCCCACUACAGUUUUCCUCUAGUGUUUUUCCCACGUUGUUUCAUAGGUUUUUCCUCUAUCCUUCUCCUUCAUCCCUCUGUCUCUGCUACAUCAUGGGCUUAUCCUUGAGGAUGUGUCCACUGUCUUACACAGACGAGUGCUUUUUAAAUCCUUCAGAUUCCUUGUUUUUAGAUGCAGAACCUGAGUGUAGCAUGUAGAUUAUAGUGUUAUUAGUUUGUGUUUGGUCCACCUGAACUAAAAUUCAUCAACAUGUGAAUUCUACCCUGAAACAUUUUCCUAUUAAAGCCAUAACAAUUAUUUGUUUAAUAAACAUGAAGUUUAUUACUAUGGUGUUGAGUUUAAUACUGUUUCUCCCUUUAAAAACGUUUUAACAUUUGUGGUCCCAUUUUACCUUUUUUAACCUGAUAAUACUCACAUGUUGAGUGUUUGAUGAUUCAAACUGAUUUGGUUCUUGUCCUAAUUCUGCUCUUCUCUCCUCACAGUGAGUCCGGACAGUCAUCGAGGGUCUACGUGCUCAACAUGCUCUUGUAUAUUGUCAUCAAAUAAAAGUUGGAAAAAAUUGGACAAAAAAAA